AUGACCAUGACAUCACGGAUCCAAGACUCAACGGCCACCUCUGUGGGUUUCAUCGGCCUUGGUGCCAUGGGAAAGCCAAUGGUCAUCAAUCUCGCAAAGAAGUUGCCUAAAGGAUCUCGAAUCCACGUCUAUGAUAUCGUCACGGCAGUAGUCGAUGAGACGGUGACUCUGUUCCCUGAUUCGAUCUUCAAAUGUGCAAGCGCUAAAGAAGUCGCCGAGAUAUGCGAUGUGAUCUUGACUAUGCUGCCCGAAGGCGCUCAUGUCAGGUCUGCGUACCUUGAUCCAGAUUCGGGAAUUCUCAGCGCAUUUUCCACCUCGACGGCCAAACUCUUAAUCGACUCUUCCACGAUCGAUACGAGCACCAAUCUAUAUAUCAAGGAGCAGGUGUCAAAGAAAUCUCCCCAGAGCUUGUUCUAUGACGCCCCUGUUAGCGGCGGAGUGAUCGGGGCCGUCGAUGCUUCGAUGGCAUUCUUCCUCGGCUGUUCCGAGUCGGAUCCUAAUCUUUCUCGCUUGACUACACUCCUCUCCACCAUGGGCGGCAAGGUGAUCCCCUGUGGUGGACCAUCUCUCGGUCUCUCAGCAAAGCUCUCCAACAAUUAUCUGUCUGGAGCCAUUGCAAUUGCCUGCUCCGAGGCAAUGGAUAUGGGCAUGCGUGCUGGCGUCGACGCUCACGUCCUGGCAUCCGCUUUUGGCGCUGGAACGGCUCAAAAUACCAUAUGUGACAAGUUCAACCCCGUCCCGGGAGUUUGUCCAAAGGCGCCCCCGUCUGAUGGAUACAAAGGAGGGUUUAGAGUACAGUUGAUGAAGAAGGAUGUUUCGUUGGCUGUCAGCAUGGCAAGAAGGCUGGGUUCGAGAAACGCUCUCGGAUCAACCGUCUUGGGAGUGUAUACAGCUGCGAGUGAGGCUCCGGAUUGCAAGGAUCUAGAUUGUAGGGUGGUAUUCAGGUACUUGGGGGGAUCUGAGGCGGGAGCGAGUUGA